AUGAGCGAAGAAGAGAAGACGAAAAAUCGAAGAAAAGUAAGUUACUUUGUAUUUAGCUUUAAAAUUCACUGAAUUGUUUUGAUGAACAUGUAUUUGAUAAAAAUUGUUCGCGAGAAUUUUACAAUUUUUGGCAUUCCUUUUCAGGCAUCUAAACCGAUCAUGGAAAAGAGAAGACGAGCAAGAAUAAACGAGAGUUUGAAUGAAUUGAAAACAUUGAUCCUUGAGGCCAUGAAAAAAGAUGUAAGUUCCAUUAAGACGCCAGCGAAGGAACUUUAUUAGUUUCCUCUUAGUUACGCAUUGAACAAUUAUUGCAGUCUCACUCCCUUAAUAUGUGAUUAAUUGACAAUUUUAAUGAACUGUGCAUAUUAAGGAAAAAUUAACAAAAUUGUUCAAAGUUUUUCUGAUGCCUGAAACAUAUUUGUCUCGUUAUUGUGAUAUUCCAUAUAUUAACCUGAAAAGAGAUACUUCAUGGCUUUGAAGAAGAUCAUCCACUCUAAUGUAACCCCCAUUUUUGAACACUGACGGGUCAUUUUGAAAAGAAGGUUAUCUAGCUUAUUUAAAUAAUUCGGAGUAUUAAAAUCCGUGAUGCAAGCUCGCCAAAGUAUGAUUGAUUUGUGAAUAGCGCAAACCUUCGAGCUUUAAGCUUUCUUGAGGUGUUAGUUUCUUUCAAAUUCGAGCUGUUAUUUUUAUUUGUUGAUUUAAUGGUUAAAAGAAACAGGUGAGCAGCCUGCGUAAAAAGAGCGACAGAGGGAGAGGGUGGUUUCUUAACAGUUCCUAGAAGUAUCCCCUGGCCCCAGUUGUUGAAGAGGUGGAUAGCGCUAUCCGAUGGAUAAAUCUCUGUCCAGUGGGAAACGCCAUUGGUUUCCCAAAUAGUUAUCCGCUGGAUAGUGAUUUACCCGGUGGAUAGAGCUAUCCGACGUUUGAACACUGGGGUUAAUCGUUCUUCAGUGCAUUUUCGUCCAUUAAAUGAUUGCCAACUUCAGUCAUUGGUCUCCAGGAUAUUGCUCCAAAGAGCUAAUCUGAUCACUUUUACUUAUUUUCCAAAGAACAACGUUUAUUGUUUUAAAUGAAACAGAGCUGGGGCACAGCUUUCGAUUAGAACCUAAACAGGUUUCGCAUGCGAAAAGCAAAGUUAAGUACUUGGGAGAGAUUUAUCCUUACAGCGGAUUAAAUCUUCCUAAACGCUUCUGGAGCUGAGAACCUGCAUUAAUUUUGUUUUGUAAUUGUACAGUAAAUUUAAGUUUUCUCUCAUUUAAACGGAAGAAUAUACCUACACGUAUCUUAGUAAGCUCUGUGAAAAUACGAGAAAUAUCUAGCAUUGACGCAGGUUACAUAACUAUUUAAUUUUUUUCUUCGGCUACCUUUUUUCAGAAUUCCUGUUAUUCCAAACUAGAGAAGGCUGAUAUCUUGGAGCUGACCGUUCAACAUUUAAAAAAUCUCAAAAGUCAACAGAUUACGGGUAGGUGUGCUUUGUCGGAAUUUAUCAACCCACUUAGUAAGAUUUAUUUCCAAUGGUUAUUUUUGCAAAGGAAUUCGUCGGGUUGGGGGUCUGUAUGAAUUAACUUUCAAUAUGCUACAUUACAGCUAAAAGUUAUAGCUCAUAUCAGUCUAUUGAGAAGUUUAAUAGAGACAUCACUCACACGCCCUUAAACAUCAGCAUCUGUACUGAGUCCUACCCCGGUCACAUGCAACCAUUGUAGAGUGUGAUUCACUGUUCAAAAUGUAAGUGAAUUACUGAUCACAAAGCUUGCAUAGUCUGUUUAUUUCUCUGGAAUGCCCAUUAAAGUUUUUUUGUUUGUUGCUCUAUUGUCUUAGUUUUGCUUUGUUUUUGUUGGUUUCUUUUGGAUGCUUCUGGUAAAAUGUCAUCAAUGUUGUUGAAUCCAUAAAGUAAUUUUUUUUAUCUUUCUAUUAUUUGAUCUUAUUUACUAAUACCUGAGAUGCAUUGUAGCGUUAAAGUUCUAAUGAUACAAUUAAGUUUAAAGUUUUCAGCUUUACCACAAUAAACAAUAAAAAUAUCCUUAGACUCCUAAUGUAAAGGCAUGAAAUGCAGCGAUGUUUUCUCCCUAGCCUUAGACACAAUGACACUGAUUCUGCAGCGUAGACUAGGUCGAGACCCAGUUGUUCAAACGUUGAAUAGUGUUAUCUAUCCCGAUAAUAUAAAAUAAUCACUAUUAAACCGAAAAUGUAGGAAAACCGACGCUUUGCAAAGAGAUUUAUACAGUGGAAAAUACUGUAGCUCUUUUGAACAACUGUUGAAUGCCCCCUGUCAUAAAGGCUCGCACAGUUUUGUUUCAAGCAACCUGUAGGUCUACUGUCCAAAGCUACCUCAGUUCUGCUUUAGACCAUUAGGAGAAUCCGUUCUCGAAAUUGUUUACUGAAUUAUCAAGUUUUCGGGAAAAUACAUUUGUGAAAAAGUAUAAGCUUUCAUUUGGAAACGCUUUUACAAUUUUGGUCACAUGUCCACGACUACUGCAAAAUGAAAGCGCAUACAUUUGGUCUUUGAGGAGCACGACCUACAUAACGUACUGUGAGCAAAUUUAUACAAAAGAAUCCAAUAAAAUUUAUCUGAUUUCUAUAAGUGCCUUAUAAUUGAACUCGUUGCCUCUUUUUGCAUUUUUACGCACCUUGUGCUAGUUUAUCAAUAACUUAUUUACUUUCACAAUUUUCCUUAGGCACUCCUUCUAUAACAAACUCGGUCUCCCUUGCAAACUAUCGUGCUGGCUUCAAUCAGUGUGCAUCAGAAAUCACUCGAGUCGUUAGCAGCCUGGACAAUACAGACCCCACUUUCCGAACCACGCUCCUUGAACAUCUAGCAGCCCGUUGCCUGGCAACCAAGCCGAUAGACGUCCCUGAAACGAGGGUACAGCUGCCUCAACCCGUCUUUGCUAAUCAACCUAUAUUACCCAAGCUACCAACGCCAUCAGUAACUUCUCCAGUUAGUUUACCCUUUUUUCCCACUCAGCUGCAAAGCAGUCCGGGAGUGUUGCCUGCUGCUACCCAGUUUCAGUUGACCUCCUACCCUAUAUCAAGCGGUAAAGUUGCACUGCUGUUUCCAACACUGAAUCCCUUGCUAAUGGAACCGACUUCCCCUGCUACGAAACCUGGCCUCAUUCCUGUGAUUGGUAAAGAACUGAGUCUGAAUAAUAGUUUGACUCCGUCGUCGGGAGUUGUACCUCUAGGACUUGAUACAAGGCCUUUCGUCUGGAAACCUCCGAUUCCUUAAUAAAGCUUGUCAAGGUUCCGGGUUCCAUUUCAGGGAGUGGCCUUUCGAUUCUAAGACGAGAACGACCAAGGGAACGAGACUACUAAAUACUAAGAAGUGCGCGCGCGUAAACCAGCGUCAUUUUGGCGGGAAAACGCGAUAGUCGUUGUCCCCCUUGUAGUCACGGAAACAAGUAAUCAAAGGUUAGAAGUUUUAUCAUUAGGGCUCAAACUCCUUCAAUAAAAAAAAACGUGUUGACUUUUCUGUCGAAAAAUAGUAAAAUGAAGCUUUACGGAGUGACUCUUUUUUGAGAAUUCGCGAGAAAAGACUUCAAGUCAAAUCUCCUCCUCGAGGUCGUCCUAAUCCUCGAAUCUACGAAGGUCUCUAUUAUCACUGAUCCAAACUACUCCGUCUUGUGUGUUCUUAACUUUUAAAAUGCUCAGUUUUUUCGAGCGGCGUGUUAUUCAUAAAAGUUUCAAAUAGAUGGCGGGAAAGUUAUUUAAUGAAAGCUCACGAUGUAGUGCCUAUUGUGUUAAUUUACUCCUUCUACUUCAAAAAGAAAUAAACAAGGUGGGUGGAAAAUGGCCAUGUUUUCUCAGGCAAUCACUAAUGAUAAAUCGUCCAGUUUAACCAACCGUCUUAUCUUCAGUGUACCCCGCCACAAAUUCAAACCAACUGUUUCUAAUUAAGGUGUUGCCAUAUGUAUUCUUGGGUGAAAAUGGGUCUUGAACCCUGGAUGACUACGCCAUAUUUUUAAUUGGCAAUAAUUCUUGACAAAUUUUUGUCAUUUCUAAGAAAAAAGAUGAAACAAAAAAACUUUGUUAUAGAAGUUAUAAAAGGCUAUAAGAAUAUAGAAUUACAUGUUUAACAUGAAAUAAUAUAAAGUUUACGUGCAUGAUAUUUGAAUCUACGUGGUCUUUAAUUAAAACAAAAUUGUUCUGCAAAAAAAAUUAUCGCUUUCUUAAAACUCUAUGAGUUAUUAUUUAAUUGAAUUUUUAUUUAAUAAGGAGGCAGCGUUAAUGCUGAAAAUUUAUUGACAGGUAAUCUUUUUUAAAAAAGUUUCUUUUAUUUUGCACUUUUCGUUCUUCUUUGCUAGAGUGUACACACUAUAUAUCUAUCUUGUAAUUAGUAUCAGCUAAUUACUACAAAGCACUAGGCUAGUUUGAGUAGUAUUAAUAACUAUUAGUGUGUUGUUAAAUCUCCGAUAUAAUGAACCCCUACAUAACGAAAGCCCGAUAUAACAAAUGAUAUUCUUCGCCCCCCUGAUAUUAUUCUAAGAUGUACGAAAAUAGUCUGUGAGUAAGAUCUCCCAGGGGCGGAGUUCCAAGAGCUUUGAGAACAGGAGGACGGCGAUAUACCAUUCCCCCGCCUUCCCCCGUUAUAACGGACGAUUUUCCAGUCUUUUGGUACCUCGUUCUAUUGGAGUUCCACUGUAAUGAAAAAAUUUUUAAUUAAUUUUUAGUUCUAACUGUUCGGUCACUUUCUCCUUUAGCAUUUUUUCUUCAACGUUACAAUGUGAUAUGGGUUUUGCCUUUACUAUGUAAGGAAUUUAAUUAUUAUUGUUCCUCUUUGUGGAUUUUUUAUUAAAAAACAGACUUGAAAACGACUAAAAAAGGAUUAUUUUGUCAAGGUUUAUAAUAAAGCAAUAAAUUCAGUGUACCAUGCACUGCAAACAUUUGGGUGUGGUUGUCUUGUCUAUGUUUUUCUGUUAAUAUAAAGCCAGUUACAGUUUCAAUGUUUCUUAGAGAACGCACAAAAUUUCUCUUUAUCCAUUAGUUUUGAUAAUCUAUAUGUUUUACAAUCCAAAACUUCGAAGAUUUGUUUCAACUCUUAACAAUGUCCACAGUGACUAAAAAGAAGAGAAUGUUGAAAAAAAUUCUUGUUUGACUACACUGAAAGAAGUACUUAUACGUAAGACUCGGAAGCACAUGUCACUUAUUUGAUCUCGGCAAUAUUAAUUUGAAAUUUAAAGUUAUCAGAUAAAAUCUCCUGAGAGUUAAUUAUUAUGAAAAUGAACUCUGAUCAAGUUGAGGCAUUCUCCGCUCACGAGUGCCUCACAUGUUCACUUGCGGUGCAUUGUUCUCAAGUCAUAGGAAAAAAAUGUUUUAAAGAGUCGUAUUCAAAUUCGUCAUGGAUAGGUGAUUUCUUUAAGCCACAGGGAGGCGGACUUGCAACUGUAGACUUACCUGAUCAGAGGUUAAAAAUCAACGAAACUAAUUUCUUUAAGCUGUUUUUGAAAAAAAGAAACCUGUAAGGUGUCAUUUCUCAACAAAGAGGUGUUCCAGACAAAGUAUGUACUAUACACUUCUUAGAGCGUUGGGUAAAUUUUUGGUCGUGUAUAUGUUUAGACUUGUUUUUAAGCGUUAAUUGUUAUGGAUAUUCAUGAAUAAACAUACACGUCAGGACCGAUCGUGGGAAAAUUUCAGCUCCCUUUGUUUCGCUCACGGUCGGGUCGUCUCAUAAGUGAACCUCAUCGAGUGCGAAUCAAGUUAACACAAUGAUUCGGCACGUGCAGAAAUAAACACUUAUUGUUCCCAUUGAACGUUUUGUUUAAACAUCUUUAUUAGUAUUGUUAUGCGCGAGUUGUGUUUAGCAGCUCCACCAAUGAGCGCCAACUGUUCCCACGGAUGGGGUUUAGAAACUACAAAGGGUUUGUCUGUUUUUGCUUAAUGAAGAAUUAAUAAGAACUUUUGUGUACGCAUGGAUCACUGUAUAAGAACUAGAUAAUUAGCUUCUAAAUAACAGUUUGAUCACUGUCGCUUUGCUUGCUAUACAGAGCUAAACCAAUCAGAGAGAACCAUUCUCACGCUCUGUUAGUAAUAGAUUAUUUACAGCGUAUCGUACAGGCCUUUUCAUUGGCCCUCGGGCUAAACUUUUGAAUAAGUUUUAAGUCUGGUAAAAUUUUCCCACGAUCGCAUGAAAUCAGAGCAUAAAAGCAUUUAGAGCAAACAAGACUUGCUAGUAAGGUGAUCAAAAGCUCAAGUCUGUGGAAAACAAGUUGCUUGGAAGAAAAUUCUUUCUGUCAAAAUGGGUCUUGAAAGUCCAUCUGGAAACCCAACUGGUGAUGAUAGACGAAAGGUAAAAAAAUCCCUUACAAACUUAAGACAUAGCUUUUACAUUCUACUAAAGGACUGGGUGGCUUAGUGAAGUCUUUCUUAACUAACUUGAUCUUUAAUUUUGUUUUUAGUCUUCAAAGCCUUUAAUGGAAAAGAGGCGUCGCGCAAGGAUAAAUCAAAGUCUUAAUGAGUUAAAAAACCUCAUCUUAGAAGCUAUGAAAAAAGACGUAAGUAAAUUUGAGACAUGUCACAAAGCAAACUCAGAACUAACUCAGGCUUCCUGUAAAAAAAAAAAAAAGCAGACGAUAAAAUAUGAAGCGUCUGCUGUUCUCAAAGUUUCACACUCGUUUUGAUUUAGGGGCGUAAGGUUGUUUUUAGUUAUUACUUCAUUUACGCAAUGAAAACGAAGCAGGUCGUUAACACUUAAAAUAUGACUGGUGUUAACUACCUUAUCUGAAACUGCGAUAUUUCUUCUUCAGACUUCCUGCUAUUCAAAACUGGAGAAAGCGGAUAUUUUGGAGAUGACGGUGCGAUAUUUACGCUCUAUUAGGAACCAAAAUAUGCCAGGUGGGUAAACGAGGAAUCUAUAAUCAUUGUCAGAAAACCAACUGCAAAAUCACACAGCGUGAUGGAUUCAAUUUUUACUGUACGUUAUUAGUUGUACAGUUAACAUAUAAGCUUGUUAAUAAAUUGUUGAUAAUUGUUUACAUGUAAGAAAAACAAAAGGCUACGUGGUGUGCGCUUACAAGGUAUACAUCUCUUGUUAUACUGCAGGUCGCGUGAAUACAAGUGAUCCUAAUACCAUGGCGCGUUAUCGCGCGGGCUAUAACGAAUGCGUGAAUGAAGUUACCCGCUAUCUGAUGUCACUGGACGGACUGGACCCGCAAGUUCGCGCGCGUUUACUAUCGCAUCUCGCGACGUACUGUACGCCUUGCGCUACGACAGCAAUAAAACCAAUGCAGUCUGCAACAGAAAAGCUACAACAGCAGAUGCAACAACCGCAGCCUAUUGCAGCUGUACCAAUGGCCUCAACUCUGGGAUCAACAAGUUUCGCUUUGCCAACCCCAAGUCUAACCAAGUACACCGAAGAGGCGAGUCCUCAUCUACUGAAUACAGCUCAGUUUCAAAUUAUUCCAGGACAACUAGCUCACGGAAAAAUCGCUGCUAUCCUUGUACCGAGCCAAAAUGCACCAGUGACCAUGGUCUCCAGCCCUCAGCUAAUCCCUAUUUUUAAUAAGACAGCCAGCGACUUUCAAGCUUUUCAAAAUAAUCCAGCAACACACGCUCUAAGACCCGACAAUGACCCGCUUUGGAGACCUUGGUAAAGAAAAUAAUUGAAAAGCUUUUUCUUUAUACGGCGUUUUAGCUUAAAAGAUUUAUCAAGUUUCCUAACAAUAGUAAAGUUCAUUGCAAUACAAUAAAAGAAAGCUAAUAAUUUGUAAAUAUCUCGUAACGGCGAUUUAUUUUUCUUUUGUCUAAACAAAC